AUGACGUCGGCGUCCCAGGCGUCGCGAACUCAGGAUACGCCUGUCGGCGCCUCGCUGUCGUCGGUGUCACAACCCAACGGAGCGAAGGAUCGUCAAAAGCCAGACGCACUUGCGCCAGCCAUGACUCGGAGUACAUCCGCGUCAGCAGGGGCGCUGACUGUUGCUGCUAGGCGGGCUGUGCGGUGGACGGAAGAUCUGACGUGUCCGUGCCCUGUGCCGCGCAGCGAACGCCGGAAGGGGUGGUUCAAUCGCAGAGGUGACCAGUUGUGGACAAAUGAUGGCCGAUUCAAACCAUCGGAGCCUGGACAAGAAUACCCUCCAGAUCUUGUGGGUUACCCCGAACCGAAUACAGGCUGGAUGAACGAAGAGGGGGUGAGAAUCGAUAUGGAACAUUGCCUGAUACCCAAACCUCCACUCCGCUCUGCUCUCAAACGUCCAAAGGUCACCGCAGGUGCACAGUAA